UAACAGGUUCACAAUAUUAACAUUCAAUGUAUCAAAAUAUAUGAUCAUACACCAGGAAUGUGAUCAACAUUUACAGUAAUAUACAUAUUCAAUUUGGACAUUUUGAAACUAUAAAAAACAUUUUUUUUGCCUCCUGAGCAGCAGUGUGCUGCUUUCUGUUUUCCAGUGAUAUAUUUAGCAAAUAAAAAAUGUAUAUUCAGGGGCUUAGCAUUUAACUUACAGCAGAGAACUCGCUCAAAUGGAGACCUCUGUUUACAAAAGCUUUCAACGAAACGUCAUCGCAUAAUGAUAUGCUCUCCACCAAUCAAACGUUUACGUCGUGUGAACACGAAGUGUCACCAGAACAAGGAAUAAAGCUGGGAAGGAAAGGUGUUCUACAGAGUUGAUGUCACAGCCUCUCGGACCAGGACCAGCAUGACAAGACAAAUCUCUGUUUCUGACAGAAAAUAGAAGAGGCUUUGAGGGUUAUGUGCCACUAAUAUUACUGAGCAAUACCAUAUCUGGACAUCAUGGAGCUUGUAGUGGCCAAGGUCCUUUGCCUUCUGGGAGUGUUUGCCCUCAUGUUGGCUGGGAUUCUUGUCCCGGUGCGACUCAUGAUUCAGGUGGACUAUGAAAAAGCCCAAAGGUACAGGAAGGCUCUUGCACUCUGCAAUUCUUUUGGAGGGGGUGUAUUUCUGGCCACUUGCUUCAAUGCUCUUUUGCCUGCCGUACGAGACAAGGUGGAUGAGGUCCUUAAAUUGGUGAAUAUCACCACAGACUACCCACUGGCAGAGACCAUGAUGAUGCUGGGCUUCUUCCUCACAGUCUUUGUGGAGCAGGCAGUGCUCACCUUUAAGAAGGAGAAGCCAUCAUUCAUUGACCUGGAAACUUUCAACGCAAGGGGCUCAGAGGCUGGUAGCGACUCUGAGUACGACGCUCCAUUCAUCUCCCCCACCCGGGCCUCCCCUGUGGUCCGCCACCAACACCAUGGCCAUCACCAUGGACACCUCAGCCCCACUGAGCUGGCCAGAGCUGGGCCUCUACGGCUGGCCAGCCUGGUCCUGGCUCUCUCUGCCCAUUCUGUGUUCGAGGGACUGGCACUGGGCCUCCAGGAGGACGGGGCCAAGCUUGGAAGCCUCUUCCUGGGGGUGGGCAUCCACGAGACUCUGGCUGCCGUGGCUCUGGGGGUGAGUGUUGCCAAAGCUGCUUUGCCCAUGAGGGAUGCCAUCAAACUGGGUGUGACGGUCAGCCUCAUGAUCCCCAUUGGCAUCGGACUGGGCAUGUGCAUCAAUAGUGCCCAGAACCUGGCAGGCAGUAUUGCAUCGGUGGUGCUCCAAGGCCUGGCUGCUGGUACUUUCCUCUUUGUCACCUUCUUUGAGAUCCUGUCUCGGGAGCUGGAGGAUAAACAUGACAGACUGCUUAAGGUGCUCUUUCUCAUACUGGGCUAUGGAGUUCUAGCAGGCCUAAUGUUCAUCAAAUGGUGAUGGAAGGAAGAAGCUUUUUAAUGCAAUGAGUUGUCUGAUUAUCACACUGACCGCCAUUUAUAUUGUGUGCACAUCUGCACUACCAAAGUAAAUUUUUUAUUUGGUAAAGGGGAACAGUAAAUCAAGUAUCAUAGUUUUUUUUUCUUUGCACUGGAACAUGUUUGCUUACCAAGUCAGGGUAUGUUACUGUGUUAGUUUCUGCCAAAGGGAAUGCAUGCUCCUGACAUUGAUUAGUAAUGGUAAAGCUAGUCACUUUGAUAGUAUAUGUUUCCAGAGACCGGAUUAAAACUGAUGUAGAGAGAUCCAGAAAACGAAUUUAUAGCAUUUAUAGUGAAGACUCAUUUUGGCAGUGAAGUGAAUGACUUGUAACAUUAAGGAAACCUUUUUAUUGAAGAAAAUGUGCUACUUGCGGUGAUAUGUUACUGAUAUUAACAUGUUGAUGUUUGUGGUUGAAGGAUAUAAUGGUGGUUGGUAUGAAGUGGUUCAUAUUGUCCCCUGUCUGGUCUAUGUACCUGCUCUUUCCAUGAUCAGUAAGCUAUGUGUUCAAAUAUGUGCAUAUUUCAAUGUACAAUUUUCAUAUGAAAACGUUUUGUUUUUGUCUGUUGGGGGUAAGUGUUUCCUAGAAUGAAUAGCCCAAUACGGAGUUGAGAGAAAAUGUGUGCAAGACGUUUGCGCUAAAUCGUUCGUUGAAUUCAAGUCAGAAUACCUUCCUAAUUGUGUAAUUUUAGUUGGAUACUUUUAGCGUUUUUACAAUUAUUACCCCAACUCCCUAAUCAAAAGGAGUCAAUUCACUGGAAACCGUUUGUGUAGCCUGGUGUAUGGUCCUGAUAUUUGUCACAUUGAGUAUAUAUAUAUAUAUAUUUAUAUAUUUAUAUAUAUAUCCAGCUUUUCAAGAUGUUAUUUUUAUGUUAACAGGGAGUCACAUUGAGACCAUGUCUCUCUUUAUGAAUUAUGGGGUACAGAUAUCAUAUCAGCAGUAGAGUCUGUCUAUUUUUGUUAUUUAUUCAUCUUUGCCACAGUUAGCUUUGACAGGUCAUUUUACACAGCUUAGAGGAAUUCCAUUUUCAACUAAAUAUGUUUUUUUUUUUUUUUACUUGUGAAAAAAUGUUUUGCUCCUAAUGUGAAUGUGUAGUACUUAACAUGUUUUGCAGAAGACACUUACUGGAGGAAGCCUACUGUAAAAGGUACAUUUGUAAAGUUCAACCCUUAUUGUGCUCCCUAAAAUCUACAUAAGAUCAGUUGUUCAAAUGUAUAGUAGGGCAGUUAUAUAUUGGAUGUGCCCAAAUCAAUUUGUGCUUUUAGGGUCUUAAAACAAAAGGAAACUUUCAUUAUUGUGAAAAUAGUUUUAAUGCAAAAAAACAACAAUAUUCUGUGGCAACCAGCUUUCCUUUUAUAUAAUGAACAGUGAAAUGCAAAUAAGUAAUGACUUCUAUUACAACAUGGUGUAGGUGAUGGAUAAAUACUUUAUUUAUAUGAAAACUGUUUGCAAUGGUGUGACAAAUGUUUAACUUUUAAACAAGUUUUAUAUAUAUAUGUACUGUAUAUUACAUGUUUUGGAGGUGAGGUUUUCCAUUUUAAUUUGAUUGAAUUGAGCAUUAAAGGAAACCUUACUCACA